AAGAAGACCUUCACCAAAUGGGUGAAUUCCCACCUCGCUCGCGUCUCCUGUCGCAUCGGGGACCUCUACGCCGACCUCCGCGACGGUUACGUCCUCACCCGCCUGCUGGAGGUGCUCUCCGGGGAGCAGCUGCCCAAACCCACGCGGGGCCGGAUGCGAAUCCACUCGUUGGAGAACGUGGACAAGGCGCUGCAGUUCCUCAAGGAGCAACGGGUGCACCUGGAGAACGUGGGCUCCCACGACAUCGUGGAUGGCAACCACCGCCUCACUCUUGGCCUCAUCUGGACCAUCAUCCUGCGCUUCCAGAUCCAGGUGAUCAAAAUCAAGACCGAAGACAACCGGGAGACGCGUUCAGCCAAGGAUGCUCUGCUGCUCUGGUGCCAGAUGAAGACGGCGGGCUACCCCGAGGUGAACAUCCAGAACUUCACCACCAGUUGGAGGGAUGGGUUGGCCUUCAACGCCCUCAUCCACAAGCACAGGCCGGACCUCAUCGACUUCCACAAGCUGACCAAGUCCAACGCGACCUACAACCUUCAGCAAGCCUUCAACACGGCCGAGCAGCAGUUG